AUGAAGACAAAGAAGGACGUGCAACAGAUGAUCCAGGACAGAAUAAAGAAGAUUCAUUACAUCAAACACUCAGCAGAACUCAGAAAAAAAAGCAGUGAGCGAGAGAAAGCAGCCAGUGUUGAUCUCUUCAGCGUUCUGAUGCGCUCCAUUGAGAGAUGUCAGGCUGAGCUGCUGGAGAUGAUGGAGAAGAAGCAGAAAGCAGCAGAGAAACAGGAGGAAAAGCUCAUUCAAGAGCUACAGCAGGAAAUCUCUGAGCUCAAGAUGAGAAACACUGAGCUGGAUCAUCUCUUAGACACCGAGGAUCACCUUCACCUCCUACAGAUUGAGCCCUUCCUGUGUAGCCCUCCACACACCAGGAACUGGCCUGAGAUCAGUAUGAGCACUGAUGUGAGUGUGGAGACUCUGAGGAGAGCUCUGACUCAACUGCAGGAGACUCUAGAUGAGAAAAUCAGUCAAACUGUGUUGAGAAGGAUGCAGCAGUAUGAAGUGGAUGUGACUCUGGAUCCUGAUACAGCUAAUCCAUAUCUCAUCCUGUCUAAUGAUGGGAAAGAAGUCAGUCACGGAGACAUUAAGCAAAAUCUCCCAGAUAACCCAGAGAGAUUUGAUUACAUUGCCUGUGUCCUGGGAACAGAGGGAUUCUCCUCAGGGAGGUUUUAUUUUGAGGUGCAGGUGAAGGAAAACACUGACUGGACUUUAGGAGUGGCCAGAGAAUCGAUUAACAGGAAGGGAAAGAUCACAGUGAGUCCUCAGAAUGGAUACUGGACUGUGGCUCUGAGGAAAAUGAAUGAAUAUUGGGCUUGUGCUGGACCUUAUGUCUCUCUGUCUCUGAGAGUAAAACCACAGAAGGUGGGGGUGUUUGUGGAUUAUGAGGAGGGUCUGGUCUCCUUCUAUGAUGUGGAGUCCAGAUCUCAUAUCUACUCCUACACUGGUCAGUCUUUCACUGAGAAACUCUAUCUAUAUUUUUGUCUAUAUAGUAAAGGUGAUAAAGGUCAAAACUCUCCUCCAAUAAUCAUCUCACCUGUUAUUUACAAUUAA